AUCCGCUCAGACACGAUCCAAAGCAGUCCUUCUUGUUCCAAUUCUCUCCAUUUGCAACAUGCUGCGCACACUCGCCACCACUCCUCGCCCAUCCACCGUUUCAGCCGCCCUGCGCCACCUCGCGACAGGCGCGCGUCCCUUCUCCACCAGCAUGGCUGCCGCUUCCGCUGCCGAGGCGCCCAAGUUCGAAUUCGAGACGCUCGCAGUGACGCGCCCAGCCCAGCACGUCAUCCAAGUGGAGCUCAACCGCCCCAAGAAGCUCAAUGCCGUCAACCGCGUCUGCUGGGCCGAGAUGCGCGACUGCUUUGCGCGCAUUGCCACCGAUCGGGAUUGCCGCGCCGUCAUCAUCACUGGCGCCGGCCGCAUGUUCACUGCUGGUCUUGAUCUCCAGGACGCUUCGGCCAUGUUCACCCUGGAGGCCGACGAUGCUGCUCGCCGUGCGCUGCUGCUUCGUCAGAUCAUCAAGGAUUACCAGGACUCGUUCACCAACAUUGAGAAGUGCCCGACUCCUGUAAUUGCUGCUGUGCACAAUGGCUGCAUUGGCGCAGGUGUCGAUCUUAUCACUGCGUGCGACAUCCGCCUCUGCACUGCGGACGCCUACUUCCAAGUGAAGGAGGUGGAUGUCGGGCUGGCUGCUGAUGUUGGCACGCUGCAACGUCUCCCCAAGGUCAUUGGCAGUGACAGUUUGACGCGCGAGCUUGCAUUCACUGCGCGCAAAAUGCUGGCUCCUGAGGCCCAUCAACGUGGUCUUGUGAGCCACGUGUAUGCCGACGAGCAAGAGCUUCGCAAGAAGGCCCUGGAGAUGGCAUCGCUGAUUGCCUCCAAGAGCCCCGUCGCGGUUGUCGGCAGCAAGAUCAACCUCAACUACUCGCGUGAUCACUCGGUUGCCGAGUCUCUUGAGUACAUGGCCACCUGGAACCAAGCCAUGCUGCAAACGGAGGACAUCAUGAAAGCUGUCAUGUCGUCGAUGGACAAGUCGACUCCCGUCUACUCCAAGUUGUAACCAGGUGCUUGAAAAUCGAAACAAAGUUUACAGCAAGCACGAGCUAGAUUUUGUACUGUACGACGUGAUUACAAACAUUCGAAACA